AGACAGAAAAAAAUAGAAACGAGGAUAGAAGUGCAGAACAAAUUGAAAAGAAUUUUAGUAUUUUAAAAAGUGAAUAUGUCUGUUCAAGUCAAAAUAAAAACGCAAAUAUUAUAAUACAAUUUAAUAAACCAAUUAUAACAGCUGAUAUACUUAAUUACGUUAUUAAAUUUGUUUAAUAAAAAAACAGAAAAGAGGCCGUGAAUUUCUUGCAGUAUUUAAAGUUAAACGUAAUAAAAAUUUUUCUUUUCUACAAAACAAGUUAUAUUACGAAUAUAAGAAAGCUAAAGAAAAAAGUGCUUCGUAAAUUUAAUUAAUUAUAAUAUGUAAUAUAUUAUCAACAACUACAAAAAAUAGUGAACAAUAUAAAAUUAUUAACAAAAUUACUUAAAUAACGAUUAAAAAGAAAUCGGUCCAAUCAUGUCGUCAGCACCAUACAACUAUGAUUACAUUUUCAAAUAUAUCAUCAUCGGUGAUAUGGGCGUAGGCAAAUCAUGUCUAUUGCAUCAAUUCACAGAGAAAAAAUUUAUGGCCAAUUGUCCACAUACAAUUGGUGUUGAAUUCGGCACACGGAUCAUAGAAGUGAAUGAUAAAAAAAUCAAACUGCAAAUCUGGGAUACAGCAGGUCAGGAACGUUUUCGUGCUGUUACGCGUUCGUAUUAUCGUGGUGCUGCUGGUGCUCUCAUGGUGUAUGAUAUUACACGGCGAUCAACUUACAAUCAUCUCAGCAGUUGGUUAACUGAUACACGUAAUCUCACAAAUCCAAGUACAGUCAUUUUUCUCAUUGGUAAUAAAUCUGAUUUGGAAAGCACACGCGAAGUGACUUAUGAAGAAGCAAAGGAAUUUGCAGAUGAAAAUGGCUUGAUGUUCUUAGAGGCAAGCGCCAUGACUGGACAGAAUGUAGAAGAGGCCUUUCUCGAAACUGCGCGUAAAAUUUAUCAGAAUAUACAAGAGGGUCGUCUUGAUUUGAACGCUACAGAAUCGGGAGUACAUCAUCGGCCAUCGCAAGCAGGACGGACAUCACUUACAAAUGAAACACCGAAUGUAAAGGAUCAGUGCUCGUGCUAAAUUAUUUAUGCUAAGUGGUUUUACUUAUAUAUGCUUUUAAUUAAUUUUUUUAUUACUCUUAUUUAAUAAAAUUCUCAUAUACAUUUUAAUA